AUUGAAUUUAUACAUGUAAAAAUUACUUUUCAUUACAUUUGUAAAAUUAUAUAUAUAUAUAAAAAAAAGCUUCCAUGACAAAUAAUAGUUUACAGAAACAGUUGUAACUGACAAAUCACCAUGAGUCAAAAGGUGAAGCCGGGUAGUUCUAAGGGAGAUGUUUCCUAUCUGCGGGCCACUGCACCACCUGCUGGGCCACCUCUCCCAAUGUCCCCACCGCCAAUGAGGGAAGGAAAUGUCACUCCCGUAUCUCAAAUGUCAAGCAUGGAUGAAUGGGACGACCGGGAUGAAUUUCGUAUGAGGGAACUUGAAGAAGCAAGGGCUCGAGCAACACAGAUGGAAAAGACUAUGCGCUGGUGGUCUGAUUGUACUGCCAAUUGGAGAGAAAAGUGGAGCAAGGUUCGUAAUGAGAGGAAUAAGGCUCGCGAAGAAAACAGACUAUUGCGUGGAAAGUUAGAGGUACUGGUGAAAGAGUGCACACAUUUAAAACGAGAAAGACAAGAGUUUUGUGCAGAAAAUGUCAAACUUAAUAAACAGCUCGGAAUGGAUGUAGAUUCUACUGUUUUAGAAAAUGUAAGACAAGAGUUAUCUCCCACCAGUGAUAGAGCUGUGCAACCGGCAGACAGUUCCAGCGAGGAGGGAAAAGAAUCACAAGCUCUCUCUCCAACUAGAACUAAAACAAAAACUGAAGUGAAUAAUUUGAAUAUUAAUGUUGAACAACAAAAAUCACAAUCAAGACCAAAAAUGUUUGACGAACUUUCGAAUGAGUCGGAUGGAAGUCUGGCUGAGGAGAAAAAAGUCCUAUAUGAGCUGAAGCUAGAUGAGGCACAAAAGACUUUACUUGGUGAAAGAGAUGAAAAAACAAUGCUGAUGAAAUCCAUUGAAAAACUCCAAUUAGAUCUGAAUGGAAUGAAAUCAAAAUAUGACGAUCUGAAGCGUUCCAAACAAGAUGUUUUAGUACAGCUGAAUAAAAUCAAAGAUGACCAUAAGGAAGAGAUCAGCAGAAUUCAGAUGGAGCUCGAUGAGGAGUCGAGUAAUCGGUCAACCAUGGACAAACGCCUCGUGGAAUUAAGACGGGAUUUGGAGAGACUUCAGAGAGAGAAUGCUGACGAGUGGGGGAAGCGUGAGAGAUUGGAGACAGAGAAGUAUGGUCUUGAACGAGAAAACAAAAAGAUACGGAUACAGAUUGAAGACUUGGAGGACACAUUACAGAGGAAGACCCAGCAGACGUCGGUGGUCGUCGACUCCGACAUGAGGACGCUCCAGAACGACCUGUCUGAGAAAAAUAAGGAGUUGAAUGAUCUUCGUCACCUCCACGGCAAGUUGAAGAAGACGCUACAGGAGAAGUUAACAGAGCUAGACCACACAAAGCGACGUGGCGAGCAGUACGAGGUUGAGGUGAAGAAACUCCGCGGGAGGAUAGAGGAGCUUAAAAAGGAUCUGGCCAGUGCAGAGGAUGAGGUGGAUACCCAGGCCAACAUGGUGAGGAAGCUACAGAGAACCAAUGACGAGCUUCAGGAGGAGAUGGAGAAUCUACAGGUCCAACUGGACCACACACAGAGCAGGUUGAAACACUCGGCACAAAACAUGAAUGUCGAUCAGUCAGUUCUCAGACUAAAGCGAUCCAGUCAGUCGGCUUUGUCACAGCGGGCAGCCAGUCUACGCUCAUUUGAUCCCAAUGACCAGGAGGACGACAGUGACCUUGACCCUGAGGACGACCUCGGUGAUGAGCCUUAACAACGUGUCAGCUGACCCUAAACAUGUUGGGAAAACCUGGAAGAUCCUCACAGCAUGCUCACACCUGCAAUAUACAUUUAAUUAUCAACUUUUAUUUACAGAGGGGUAGUUUAAAAACAAUGUCAUUGCCAACUUUCUUUAUUGAUAAAAGCUAAAGUAGAGUGAUCACUGAUCUUAUUUUAAGAUGUACCUAAAACAGACUUAAGACAAUGUAGAUAACUCUUAACAAUUUUUUUAUUUUUUUUCAAUAUCAAUUCUUUGUCAAAUCUUAUUCUGCUGAUAUUUGUCUGUAAUGUACAUAUGUCAUAAUGUCUCUAAUUUUGGGGUAUUUUGUAAAUGUCUCAAACUAAUAUAUAUAAAGGCACGUAUUCAUUUAACUAUAAACAUUUUAAUGGUAGGUAUAUUAGAUAUAAGUUUAUUUGAUCCCUUAAGUUCCAUGAAAACUGUCUAAUCUGACACUCUUUGGGCUUUGACAACAUAUUUGUCAGAUAACACAGGAUGUCAGAAAACACAGGUCUUCAUUGAUAGAUCGCAUAGGAAAUAAGAUUACAGCAUCAUGUUGGACUAUACAAGAUGUCAAAAUAAUCAGUUGUCAUAUUAGACAGGGUCUCAUAAUAUUCAGGAAUCACAUUAAAUCGGUUUCGCUGUAUUACACAUAGCAAUUUAUUACCAAAUUCUAAAUUAAAGCAUAAUAUUGUAUUAUUACAUUAAAAUCUACAGAAUUAUUUCCGAGCAUUUGAAAAUAGCAUUUCCUCCAAAUAUCAAACAAAAAAUGUCUUUUAGCAUUGGUUAGUUUUAGUUUUAUAAUAUUUAGUAUAUUACAGCAUUAUUUUAGUUUAACUUUGGUAAAGAUUAUUUCAUUGAAUAUAAAAAGUGAUUUUAAAGGUGUGAUAUAUACCUAAUGUACAAGACAUGUAAAUAACAAUAUUUUGAUGUAACACUUCAGUUAUAUUAUUUUUGGUUGUCAUCACUUUCUGCUGCUGAUGCAGAAUAUUCUUGGUUACAUUUGGUGUAAUUAAUUACCAGCUGGUAGAAGUUUAACAGGUGACAAGUAUGAGGCAAAAAAACCUGAUACGAUAAUGUUUAGUCUGGGGUAUAAAACUUGUGCAAUAUCUCACUCUGGUAAAGUCAAAAUAUACAAACCAUCAGUAUACAAUGUUUAGCAUUGUUUUUCAUCCGAAAGUUAUUUUCCCGACUCUUUUUGGAAUUUUAUAUUGUAAUUUAUCAUACUAUUCAAAGAAAAAAGCAUCAGGUUUUUCGCUAUAUACAAAGACUUGUUCAGUACAUAAAGAAUCUUUUUUGAAAAUUCUAAUUAUUUAUAUUGUACACAAAUGUAGUGUAACAGACUGUCUCUAACUAUGAAUAUGGGAAGGAUGUGGCAGGUAUUUAUAAUCGGUUAACUCAUUUACCCCUGAAGACACAUUUGAACUCUUCUAAGUCAAAGGUUGGAAUAGUUCAUUAUGAAAUUUCAGGGGUGAAUGAGUUAAAGAUGAAUGAGUCUAUGUAAUUGUGAACAACUAGACUGCCUGCCCCUAAGAACAGAUUGUGUGUAACGGAGGGCAUAAGACCAGGCCCCCUUGUACCCCUCCCACAAGUGAUUUCAUAAUGCAGGUUCAUUUAUAUACAAAAAAUCCAUUGGGACUUUUAAAGAAUUAUUUGUAUGGUUUUAAGCUCAGGUUGUUUCUUACUAGAGGUGAUUUUGAGAGCAAUUUUCACUGUAUAUAGUAUAUAACACAUUGUGUAUUUGAUGUGAAUGGUCCAGCACACAUUCCAUGUUCAGAUCACAUAUACAGCCCUAUGUUUCUGUAAACAACAGGAAAUAUCAUUUUUGUCAAUACUCAUUUUGGACAAUCUUUCAUGCCUUACAUAAUAUGUGUCCUGCUAUUAUACGAAGUACAUUUAACUCAUUCACCCCUGAAGACACAUUUGGACUCUUCCAACUCAAAGGUUGGAAUAGUUCAUUAUGAAACUUCAGGGGUGAAUGAGUUAAAUAGGAAUGUACACGUUCACAUCAGACUCAUCAAUUAUUAAUUAGAUCAUUGAUACAUUUAUAAGGGACUUGUUGUUUUGUCAAAAGUCCCUGUGAACCGAUAUUUUCUUGCCAAUUAUUCUGAAAUAUCUUCAAAACAAUGUUUCAGAGUUUAAAUCAGGACAUAAAUUAAAUUAAUCCAUUUCAAACACAUUACCAAAAAGGCCCGUAGCUUAUAUGAAAACACUGAUCUGUUGUAUUAUUGAAUGGUAUAGCUUUCAGGCAGCACAGGUCUCUCACAUAUAUAGUCAUUUAAAUCUCAUAGUUUUUCUUGAAUUCUUGAUAAUGUUAUAAAAUUGAUCUUUAAUUUGUUCAAAUAUGAUAUUUACAGAACUCUUUCAAAAGUUUUCUUUUGAACUCGGCAGAGUCCAGACCCAGGCUUAAAUGGAAACUUUUUUGUUUGUUUUGUAAAUCUUGUAUGAAACCCCCUGAAGAUUGAAUGGGUAAUAAAUAUCAAUACACUUUUAUGUUAUAUAUAGACGAGAAACAAUGUACAGGUGUAUUCAAAUUAUUUAUCAUCUUCAUAGUACGGAAUUCACUUUUAAGUGUAAUACAUUACAUAUAAGAAUAAAAGCAUCAAUUUAUAAAUAUUAAAUCACUUGCAAUAUACUUAAUGUUAAUUUACAUGAGUUUACAUGAAUUUGUAAAUUCUUCAUUAAAAAACAUGCAUUUAAAUACGAUUUUAAUUCAAACAUCCUGCAGUCCUCUUGUGAUGGCAGCGAGAAGCUGCUAAAAUCUUGUAAACAGUUGAAAUUAUGGAUCCUGAAUAAUAUUUGUUCAUGUUAGUGUUUUAACAUAUUUCAUGUUAGCUAAUUCAAAUUCAAAUUAGGUCAUAUCAAACUGAAAAUGUAAGGUGUGUAUAUUAUUCAUACAUGAAAAAUAUAUACCGGUAAUUGCACACAGAGUUGACAUAGACUUAAAAAAACGGUAGACUAGGCCAGUUCUCGGCAACGUUUCACCUGCUGAGUAAUCGAGUAAUCUUACGGUCAACAUAAUGGGUUGUAGCUAGAUUUGCACGUUUUUAUACAGAGAAAUCGCUGUGUCAUUUUAAAAUUGGAAGGUAACUCCAAUGAUAUUUCUGAAAUUUGUUGCACAUUUAUAAAGCACUGCAUUGUAACAUACUGUUCCAGGAGAAUCAUUGCAGCUCAUGAGAAGCCUUACACCAUGUUCUGAAGUCAGGCCAUCACAUUGAAAGCAUUUUUAGAUUACCUGACCAUAGGUCAUGGUGACUUAUUGUGAUAGCCUUUUGUCCGUCGUCGUCCGUCGUGCGUUAAGUU